CCGACCUCCGGGUUAGGCUCGAAGACUCCCGCCUCCGAGGGAUGCUCCCUCCGGGGAAUGAUUCACGGCUUCCGCCUUCGGGCAAGGCUCGAAAAACCGCCUCCGAGCGAUGCUCCCUCUCGGGAAUGCUCCCGCCUCCGAGCAAUGCUCCCCCCGGGAAUGCUUUCCGCCUCCGAGGAAUGAUUCACGCCUUCCGCCUUUGGGCAAGGCUCGAAAACCGCCUCCGAGCGAUGCUCCCUCUCGGGAAUGCUCCCGCCUCCGAGCGAUGCUCCCCCCGGGAAUGCUUUCCGCCUCCGAGUUAGGCUUGGAAAGGAACACCUAUCUUCUUCGGACGUUGCUCAAAUACAUAUCUCUAACCUCCGAGUUAGGCUUGAAGACGCACGCCUCUCAAAAGGCUGGAAGACAGAGCGCCUCCCAUGGGGUUGGGAGCCAAAGACUAAUGCGCUUCCCAGGGAGCCGAGGAGCGACGCGCUUCCCAGGAAGCCGAGGAACGAUGUGCUUCCCAGGAAGCGAAGGAGCGACGCGCUUCCCCGGAAGCCGAGGAGCGACGCGCUUCCCCGGAAGCCGAGGAGCGACGCACUUCCCAGGAAGCCGAGGAGCGACGCGCUUCCCAGGAAGCCCAGGGAGCAACGCGCUUCCCAGGAAGCCGAGGAGCGACGCGCUUCCCAGGAAGCCGAGGAGCGAUGUGCUUCCCGGGAAGCCAAGGGAGCAACGCGCUUCCCAGGAAGCCGAGGAGCGAUGCGCUUCCUAGGAAGCCAAGGGAGCAAUGCGCUUCCCAGGAAGCCGAGAGGCGACGCGCUUCCCAGGAAGCCGAGGAGCGAUGCGCUUCUCAGGAAGUCAAGGGAACAACGCGCUUCCCAGGAAGCCGAGGAGCGACGCGCUUCCCAGGAAGCCAAAGGAGAAGCGCACCCCAGGAAGCCGAAGAAGCACUAAGAUUUCCAUGAAGCCGAGAGACUAAUGCGCUUCUCAAAAGGCAAAAUACUAAGCUUCCUAGAAGAUAACAGUUGAUCUUGCCUCACACAAGUAAGACAUUAACAAGAUACAUGACUUCCUGACAACAUGGACGCGACAUUGGGGAGACACGAAACAAGAGCGUCUUGAGUUAAAACUCUCAAGCCGUGGGGGCCACCCUACCUAGGUCGCAAUUAUGGUCCACUAGCGCUAACAACAAUGGACUAGCGAAGGAACUCUUAACGACUUGAGAGCUUUGGUUCAAGACAUCGAAAGUCAAGCAAGGGGCAAAGGAAAUGAUUACGCAACUCGCACAAGGGGCAAACCGCAUCAUCCGGAUUCAUAAGUAAGGCAAAUUAAUACACGAUUAACGCAUUA